GAGGAGGAGGAGGAGGGGGUGUCGGCCGCUCGGGCUGUGGGUCCCCGGGGUGCGGCGAGUGGGUGGUGCCGGAGCUGCCUGGACAGGCCGGGCAUUAGGGCCCCGGCGGAGCUCGCUCCCCAGGCCGCGCUGGGCGGGGUGCGAGGCGGGCUGGAGCGGGCCCCGGAGGCAGCGGCUGCGCCCUGAGCUGGGGAGGAGCCGGAGCCCGAGCCGGAGCUGGAGCUGGAGCCGGAGCCGGAGCCGGAGCCGGGGGCGGGGGCCUUGGCCAGGGUGCCGGAGCGCCGGGGUCAGACGGUUGGUGGACUCGGUCUGUGGAUCGCUCUGCCAGUCCUUCAGCUAGGCAGCCGGGCUGGGGCUGUUGGGCAGCCGGCAGUGAGGGCGGCGGCCCCGCUGCCCCGCUCCUCCUCCCCCGCGCCCGGUGCUGGGAGCCCGGCGCCGCCGCCGCCGCUGCCGCUGUGAUUGGGUGGAAGAUGGCGCUGGGCGGAUGGAAAUCCUAAUGACAGUCUCCAAAUUUGCUUCCAUCUGUACCAUGGCUAAUCAUUUGGAGAUAUAGUAGUGUUUUUUAAAAUCAGCUCCAUUUCAGAAUGAACACAUAAUUUAUACAUUUUUUUAAAAAGUAAGUACUUCAUUAGAUUUGCCAACAAGGCAGUUCAAAUAGAAGAUGAUAUUAGAGAGGCCGAGGCUGCAAGAAGCAUCAUGAUAUAAUCCAGGGCGCCAAUGCCUCGGCUUUAGAGAAAGAGAUUGGUCCAGAACAGUUUCCAGUCAAUGAACACUAUUUUGGAUUAGUCAAUGAGGUGAAUGCAGUAAGAUAAAUAAAGUUUGGAAACACCUGCUACUGCAAUUCAGUUCUUCAAGCACUUUAUUUUUGCCGUCCAUUUCGGGAAAAAGUUCUAGCUUACAAGAGUCAACCUAGGAAGAAAGAGAAUCUUCUUACGUGCUUAGCAGAUCUCUUUCACAGUAUAGCCACUCAGAAGAAAAAGGUUGGAGUAAUACCUCCUAAGAAGUUCAUAACAAGGUUACGAAAAGAAAAUGAACUUUUUGACAACUACAUGCAGCAAGAUGCACAUGAGUUUUUGAAUUACCUACUAAACACAAUUGCUGAUAUUUUACAAGAAGAGAGAAAACAGGAAAAGCAAAAUGGCCGUCUACCUAAUGGCAAUAUUGACAGUGAAAAUAACAACAGCACACCAGACCCAACUUGGGUUCAUGAGAUCUUUCAGGGAACAUUAACUAAUGAAACCAGAUGUCUUACUUGUGAAACUAUAAGUAGCAAAGAUGAAGAUUUUUUAGACCUUUCUGUUGAUGUGGAGCAAAACACAUCAAUUACUCACUGUUUAAGGGGUUUUAGCAACACGGAAACUCUAUGCAGUGAAUAUAAAUAUUACUGCGAAGAAUGUCGCAGCAAACAGGAAGCACACAAAAGGAUGAAAGUAAAAAAACUGCCCAUGAUUUUGGCGCUGCACUUGAAGAGAUUUAAGUAUAUGGAUCAGCUUCACCGAUACACAAAACUUUCUUAUCGGGUAGUUUUUCCUUUAGAACUUCGACUAUUUAACACUUCAGGAGAUGCCACCAAUCCUGACAGAAUGUAUGACCUUGUUGCUGUUGUGGUUCACUGUGGAAGUGGUCCUAAUCGAGGCCAUUACAUUGCAAUAGUUAAGAGUCACGACUUUUGGUUAUUGUUUGAUGAUGACAUUGUAGAGAAAAUAGAUGCACAAGCUAUUGAAGAAUUCUACGGGUUGACAUCAGACAUCUCAAAGAACUCUGAGUCUGGUUACAUCCUCUUCUAUCAGUCUCGGGACUGAAUGGGAACUGUGGUGAAGAGAUACUUUCUGCCUCAUUUCUUUGGUUAUUUUGGAAAGGAUCAAGCACUGAUUUUUCAAGAAAAGUGAAAUGCAGGGAGCUCAGGGGGCAGUAGCGCACUUUGCACACAACACGCAAAGACUAUGGAUUAACAAGCCCUUCAUAUCAUGGUAGUUGAUUUAUUUGCUCAGGUAUCAUGCUGUCUGUACAGUUCCGUGCAAGAAUAAUUUGAAAUCAGAGAUACCAGCUUCUCUUGUCAGAGUAGCCUUCCAGUAAUUGACAUGCAUUUUUUUCUUUGUUAUUUGCACCCAUAGCUUUGAAAGCCUUUUGGGUGCAGUAGAAAGAAUAGGAACCUGUGCUAGAUUGUAAUGAUUAUUUAAAAAGAAGACACUGAAUACACUGCAUAAAUUAGCUUAUGUUCAGUUUGGAGAGCAUGUUCUGGUUUUUCAUGAAUAAAUCUGAAAUAUUCUUGGGCCCAACACUUGUAGUUGCCUUCCUGACUUACUAGACUAACAUGAUGAACUCCAGUGUCAGGGAGGCAAGUAUGUUUUGCUUCUCUGAAGAAGCUUCUAAUAAUAUACAGUAUGUGUAUAUGUAGGGAACAAUUGGUCAAAGGUGGCUUUUUGCUUCCCCGAGGGGAAAGACUGGCUCUGUAAUUAUAGUUUAUUCUUAUUUAUUUGACUUAUUGUAUCUGCUAGAGUCUAAGUAUUGUAUGAAUUGUCAAUGAUUCUAUCAACAAGUUUUAAGGAUACUUCUGUUAGCUUUAGUCAGUUAAACCCUUUUAAGUGUUUAAUUUUCUAUUUUGAAGGAUAAAUUUGAAGUCUAUUUAAAAUCAUUUAAGAUAUCUUACGAAAAAUUCUAUGAGAGGAGGUAAAUUUUCUUUUCCAGGAGUAACUGGUAUCUCUGUCUAAAUAGUUUUUCCUUUGAUUUUAAUUUCGAAGUCAUCGAUUCUAUUCAACUUGGAUGAGAUUAAGAAAGCUCUGAAAUUUUUCUUAAAACUGUUGGAAUGAUAAAAAAAAUGUGUACCUUAAAGAGAUGCUGGUGCAGUGGUGAUAUAUUAUUCUUCAUAGUCCUUAAAUAUACUAACUGUUCACAUUGAGGAUGUGCUUGGAAAACCUGACAUUACAUAUGAUAAUUUCAGUAUGUCAUUUUUUUUCCUUGUGAAAUGAUCCACUACUCACUCUUUAGCGGCCUGGGUGAUUAGCUGAGUGUAUACCCUUUCAAUAUGAAAUUGUCUUGAAUAGUCUAGGAAUCCAAAAAAGAUAAAGCCAGCAUUUUUGCAGUUUUGCAAUAAUACUGGAAAGAAUUUUCAGAAAUUAAAUUUUUUGUUUGUAUAAUAUUUUCUGUUUUGGGUUUAAAAAAUAACUUUAGACACUAUUUAAAUCAUGGCAGCACCAGGUAAUAUGUAGUGUAAAAUAUGUGUAAACUAUUGCAAUUGCCACUUUUCCAUGCAUCAGUAUGUUGUCUGACAGUGGCUGAAUGUAACUUAUGGAAAAUAAUUGAAUAUAUAUUCCAAAUAAUAGCAAUCAGGCUUUGAAUGUUCUUUGUCACCCCUAUUCAGAGAGUAAUUUGUUUUUGCUUUACUGUAAUUUUCUAAAGUUAUUUUAUUAAUACUGUUAAAAUAUGAAAAAAAAAAGAAUGUUUUCUUUGCUGCUAUAAUUAGCAUUUACUUUUAGCUCAGGAAAAGACUUCACCUAUUCGUUCAGCUGAACAGAUCUUUAACAGGGUCACUUAACUAAUUGGGCUGUUUAAGAAAUGUGCAGGAAGAAAGUAGAGCUGUAUUUUAACAAAUUGCUUUUUAAGAUGCAAAGUUUCUAAAGCCUUAUCUUGGCUAGAAUUUUUUGUACAAAUUGUACAUAGCCUGCCUAACCUACCAGCAUUGCAGAGAGAAUUUAAAAAAAAAAAAAGAAAAGAAAGAAAAACCAAGCAUGUGAGAGAAAGUCAUGAAAAUGGAAGUAAAUAAGAUUUUUAUUAUAAGGGCUUAUACCAAAUUAUCUUGGAAUUUAGAGCUGUGUUUCUACAGCUCUCUCUGUACAGGGGAAAGGAAGAAAGUGAAGGCUGAAUCAUCUUAUUUCAUGGGUCAAGGCACAGUAUGUGUCAGAAAGAAAGAAGUCCUUUGCAUAAUGUCAUGUUAGUUGCUAACUAACAAAUGUUUGUUUUUUUACAUUUAAAAUGUAUUAAAAGCCAAGAUUAUAUUUCAUACUUUAGCAAGUUACAGCAUUUUUAUUGAGUUCAAUGAUAGUCAUACAUUUUUUCUCUGUUCACAACAUCUACACUAUAUUUCAUAAAAUGAUUUGUGGGGGUAGGGGUUGUGGGAGUGAUAGUUCUAAAUUUACUUUUUACUUCUAAUGCAACUGAAGCGAAGUAAAAAGUCAAAGUUGAUGUCAGAAACUAUAGUUUAUUUUUUAAACUAUCGGGGUGGGGAAGGAAGGAAUAUAAUAUAGUAAGCAAGAAAAAUGACCAAUAUAGAAAGCAUUAUAAAGUUGUCUGGUUGAUUGUGAUUAAGAUAAGAAUGGGAAAGAUUGUCUUAAGUUGUAAAUGGUGGCUGAUUGCUGUGUAACUAUGUAAAUGUUCAGUGGGAUAGCAGUCCCAUAUUUUGUAUAUUGGAGCAAAAAUUUCUAUGAAGUAUCUUUAAAGGGUGAGUAACCUAUAAAAAGUCCUACUCUUGAGUCACAUGACCUCUGUCUUAUAAAUCUUGUGUUUAGAAGAUGACUAGAGACAGUAGCUGUGAGCUUGGGAGAAAGGGAUGUGGGAGCCGAGUGUGUAUAUGGACCUCAUUGCCUCUCGCCAUCAGUUUGUUUUUUAUCUCCUUGAUGGCUGCAGAACAAAGACCUCACUUUCAUAAUGUACUAUUCUUGAUACAUUGUUUAAUGACACUCUUUGUGAAAGACUUCAUGAGGCAAUUCGAACAGAAUAUUGAACUGGGAGCUGGGAAACAGAUUCUGAAUCAUCCUGCUCUUCAGUGUAUUAAUUGUGUGACCUUGGGCAAGUCACUUAACCUUUCUGUGCUUCACUCUCCCUCUCUGUAAAAUGGGAGCAAUACCUACCCCUGUUUACCUACCUCACAGGGUUGUUGUGGGGAUUAAUUAGAUAUAAUGUCUGUAAAACAUUUGAGCUCCUUGGAGUACAGCUCACUAUAAAUACAAAAUAAUCUAUUAAAGUUGGUUUAUUUGUGC